UUACGCUAUUCGCUUAAAAAAAGGUGCUGAAAUAAUCCAAAGUUUAGAAGAAUUUGCCCGACAACACGAAAGCGAAAUUGGUUUUGCUGAGUUCUCCAUGAUUGGCUCAGUAGAAGAAGUUAAAUUAUUUUUUUCACUAGGUUAUGGAAAAGGAGAAGGAGGUUAUCACCCUGUAUUACUACCUGCACCUAGCAAAGCAAAAACUUUAAAAACUUCUCCUGGAAAAAUGGAACUAUUGCCAACAAAUUAUGAGAAUCUUCAAGUUUUUGGCGGGCACUUAAAAGAAGCCACAGUCGCCCUUACCACUGAAAUAGUGCUCAGAAUUCUAAGCAAGGAAAAG